GCUAGUGCGCUAAUGCUCAACCAAUGGCAUCAGAAAACGGAAGGUGCGAACGUCAGAACAGCCUUUUAGCGAACAACUUGUACAAUCUGAUAUCGCUCUUUACAGUCUUGACGUCGUGGAGGAUUCUCGACCCCGCAAACUGCAGCCAACUCACCGUUUCGGACCAAAAGGUUGCCUUCUGGAAGCUACCAAGAAUCACGGCUAUGAUGGACCCUCGUCAUCUCACCUGGACACAGAAGCCCAGUAACGUAUUAGUGAUUAAGAAGUUUCGUGAUUCCCAUGUCACUCGAUGCUUCAAGAAACUCAUCGAUUGGUUACAUAAAGUGCAGAAGAUGACUAUAUAUGUAGAGGCUUCCAUUCUUGAUGAAGAGGAGUUGUCUGAUGACAGCAGCUUUGCUGAGAGCCAUAACGCAAUGACACCGUUCACACCAGGGGAAGCUGAACUACAGGAUAUCAUUGACUUUAUCAUAUGUCUGGGAGGAGAUGGAACUCUGCUUUAUGCUUCGUCUCUAUUUGAGUCUAGUGCUCCUCCUCUUAUUGGCUUUCAUCUUGGAUCGUUAGGAUUCCUAACACCUUUCUCGUUUGACAACUUUGAGUCUGCAGUGUCUCGAGUUAUUGAAGGCUCGACCAGUGUGAUACUACGUAUGCGUUUGCAUUGUAGAGUAUUGAGACAAAAGAGUGAAAAACCACCUAUCAAAGCAAUACGGUCGCAAUCCUUCAACGAAUCAGUACUGCCACUAGCCACUUCACCGUAUCAAAGUCUGCAACCACUGAAAUCAGAUCUAUUGAUUCUCAACGAGGUCGUAAUCGAUCGAGGACCUUCGCCGUAUCUAACCAAUCUCGAAAUUUACUGCAAUGGCCAUGCUGUUACAACAGUGCAGGGAGAUGGUAUAAUAAUUGCAACUCCAACAGGAAGCACAGCAUACUCUGCAGCAGCAGGAAGCUCGAUGGUUCACCCGAAUGUUCCAGCAGUCAUACUUACGCCUAUAUGUCCUCAUUCGCUCUCGUUCCGACCGAUAUUAGUUCCCUCUGGGGCUGAGAUAAAGGUUACUGUGGCUGCCGAUAGCAGGCACUAUGCAUGUGUGGCAUUUGAUGGGAGAAACAAGCAGCAGUUGAAGCAGGGCGACAGCGUGGUCAUUACUGCUUCGGAGUGGCCUCUUCCUUGCAUUUCUGCAAACGACCAUAUAAUUGAUUGGUUCAAAAGUCUCUCAGAGUGUCUACAUUGGAAUGUUCGUCUAAAGCAGUCUCCGAUGCGAUUUAAUUAAUUAAUUUAAGAAAUUGUUUGAUAUAUACAGAGUUGCAUAAUUAAAUGUCAGAGACUUUGUUUUAAUGAGUCAAACAUUUAUUUGGUAAAUACUUUAGUCGAGAUCUCUGGUAAUUUAUGGCUUACAACCAAA